AUGCUGACAGAGAUAUACGAGUGGGUCUUCGCGAACUUCGACCGAGAAAAGCCGGUCCACAAGAUCGCCUUGCUCGCAGGGAUCUAUUUCAGUCAUGUGCUUCCCGAUAUGUUCUGGGACGUCAAAGACAGGCCCUCCAACGACAAGAUGCAGGGGGAACGGUCUGCCACAAAUGCCAUCAGAAGCAUUCCUUGGAAGGCCAACAAAGGGACGCGAAAGGGAAGCACAUGGAGGCCCCAGUUCAUCGCGAUGGUGCCAGCAUAUAUCAUCUCGGUAUAUGAGAGAGAGAGCCCAUUGCGAGACUACUUUGCGAGGAAGAAAGCAUUCCCCAAUCAAUGGAACGCUAAGAACAGCGCCAAAGGCAUCGGGUCCUUCAAUUUAGUUCGGAUGGGCCUCGCAAAGGCACGCUCCACUCGCAUCUUCAAAGGUGGCGUCCCAUUGACGGAUUGGAUCUUGCUCACACAUGAGGAGUUGGCUGCAAAGCACAGGGAGCUGAUGGGUUUGCUGCAAGAUCGUCAGUAUGGGCCUUUCAAGAUCGCAGUCUCCUUCUUUGGGCUAGACAAAGCAGUGGAAAUUGGAGCCACGACCGGCACAUACACCAAUCAUCCAGCCAUGUCUUCAAUUGCCAUCAAGAAGCGUCCUGCGCCUGCGCCUGACUCUGACUCUGAAGUCGAGAUCAUAGAACAUGAACAGCACAAACGACAGCGUAACUCAACGACUUAG